AUGGAUCCCGGAAGGAGGGCAAUGAUUAGUGACCGAGCAUCCCCUUCAAGAGACUUUACCGCUCCCCGCCGUGACCCGAAUUCUCGAAUAUCGAAACCUGCCCGCCAGACGGGUUCUGGAAAUAGGAUCUCUGAGGCUCGACCACCACGAAAUACAAACACGCAAACGCUAGAAGACGCGCAGUCGCGGGAAUGGGUUCAAAAGGAGGACAGUUUUGUACUCAAACAGGCCAAGAAGAAGGCCGUUAUCCGCGUCCGAGAAGGGAGAGCAAAGCCGAUUGACUGGCUUGCGGUCAUUCUCCGGGUCAUAGAUCCCGAUAGGGAUUUGCUAGAGGAGGAUGAAGAGGAGGUCAACAUUGAUGUUGUAGAUCCAGAAGGAGUAUUUGAAGGCCUUGGCGAUGCACAACUUGGGGAACUCGAAACCGACAUCAAUUCAUACCUUGCCCUAGAGACGAACAAGAAAAACCAAGAUUACUGGAAGACUAUGCAUAUCAUAUGCAAUGACCGCCGUCAAAAGUUGAAGCCUCAAGGGCGGGAAGGGCGUGCUGUGAGCUCGGUGGCGGCUGAUGUUGAUAAAUUGCUGGCUCCAAAGUCGUACGAACAGCUAGAGGCUCUGGAGAAACAAAUCAGAACAAAGCUGCGGUCAGACGAACCUAUUGAUGUUGACUACUGGGAGCAACUCCUCCGAAGCCUUCUCAUCUGGAAAGCCAAAGCCAAGCUCAAGAAGGUUUACAAAUCAGUGCUUGAUAGUCGCUUAGACACCCUCCGAAAACAACAAUGGGAAGAUGCCAAGGGCGUCCGAACAAAAAUGCAAGAAAUACUGACAGGGCCGCUCCCAGUCGUUGAAGAAGAUCUCAAAAACACAGUUGACGAGGGGAAUGCACAAUUUAUCCGACGACAACCCGCUUUUCCGUACUCACCCAUCUAUGAUCCAGAACCACUUCUCAAACUACACGCCGAAGAUAAAUCAAGUGAUGUUGUGGAUGAGUCCGCUUUUCUCCAAAAAGUUGCUGCUGAGCGUCGGCGGAUUUUUAAACUAGGCUAUGUUCCUGCUCGGCAGUCAGCGACGGACAAGGCAGCUCCUGGCUCUAUCAGCAAACCUACCAGCACCGUUGCUAAUAGCAGCGCCCCCCCAGGAACCCAGCGCUUUUCAACGAUUGUAAAUGAGGACUUCUCCCAAGCCACAACUGCACUAUAUGAGAGGGAAGUUGCGCGCGGAGUCAAUGAGGACGAAGAAAUAUUUACUGGGGAGGAAUCUGUUGCUUCGGGGGCUCAGCCACAAUGGGCCGACAAAUAUAGACCCAGGAAACCUCGAUACUUCAAUCGGGUGCAGAUGGGCUAUGAGUGGAACAAGUACAACCAAACGCAUUAUGACCACGACAACCCCCCGCCCAAAGUGGUUCAAGGGUACAAGUUCAAUAUUUUCUAUCCAGAUCUGAUUGAUAAGUCGAAGGCACCCACGUUUAAGAUUAUCCGAGAGCAUGGUCGAAAGCGUGGCGAGUCUUUCGCACCAGCUGGGGAGGAAGACACAUGUCUUAUUCGCUUUAUUGCCGGACCGCCAUAUGAAGACAUUGCAUUCCGGAUUGUAGACAAAGAAUGGGAUUAUAGUGCGAAGAGAGACCGUGGUUUUCGAAGCAGUUUCGACAAGGGUAUCCUCCAGCUACACUUCCAGUAUAAGAAGAUUUAUUAUCGGAAAUGA